UUCCCUAAUCAUCUGAUUCGACUUGCUCGAGCAUCAUUUAUCGCAUGAUCUUUGCGUUUUUCAACCCCAACCACCACCACCAUCAACCAAUAAUGCAAUAAGAUUAAUUUAAUUAAACAUCAUCAUCAUCGUAUUGAGUGGUGAUGAUGUGAUGUGAUGUAAUUCGACUAUAAUUUCAUUUUAUUAGCUACGUUUUUAUUUGUGCGUGUUUUGUGUUAAGCAAAGAAAAACCCAAAACUCUUCUUGUGAUUGAUUGAAAGACAAUCAUCGAUUUUGUUGUUGUUAUCGUUUUUUAUUUGAAUUUUAUAUAUCAUUUUACAAUCUGAUCAAUCAUGUCUGCUCCACCACCACCGCCACCCCCUCCCGGUUUAUCAUCUGGAUCAACGAAAUUACCGUCAACAGGAGGAGGAGGACGAUCAGCAUUAUUGGCCGAUAUACGUUCGGGUGCUCGACUUAAAAAAACAACAACCAAUGAUCGUAGUGCACCUAUCGUAUCAAAUAAGCCAACAUCCACAACAACAUCAUCAGGAUCGAAUGUCAAUAAUGUAUCUUCAUCAUCAUCAUCAUCUGGUACGAAUGCUGGAGGAGGUACAGCACCACAACUUGGUCUUGGUGGUCUUUUCGCAAAUGGUAUGCCAAAAUUAAGAUCAACUGGUUCAAGGUUAUUACCACCAUCUCAACAACAACAACAACAAAAACAAACUUCUUCAGUUACAAACAAACGAACAUCGCCACCAAAAAGUUUGUCUUCAAAUAUUGCUCAACAACAACAACGACAACAACAGAUUGAUUCAAGUCAUAACAAAUCAUCGUCGUCUUCGUCGUCAUUUGGAAAACAUCAUUCAUCAUCAUCUAGUCUUAAUACUGCAAAUUCGAAUCUAGCUCAAACAAAAAAACGUUUAGAAUCGCAUUUCGGUGCUGUUAAUUCAAAUACAAAUUCAAAACCACAAUCAUCAUCAUCAUUACAUAGUAAAAGUAUACAUUCUUUAUGUACGGUCAAUUCGAACGAAUCAACAAUCGAACGUUCCGGAUCAUCAUCACCUACAUCAUCAUUAUCAUCAUCAUCUUCUACGACGACUAACACAACAACAUCAUAUAAUCGACGAAAACAUAGUCCGGUAAAUGAUUCAACAUCAACAACUACUGGAACGGUAAAACCUACGCCACCACAAAAAUAUUAUACAUUAAAUCCAAAAGGAAAAUCAUCAUCAUCUCGCAAUAAUUCUUUAGAAAUGCCUGCACAUAAAGGUCAAGCACCACCACCACCUUUACCGUCGCAAAAACCCGCAACAUCUACGUCGGCAACAAAUUUGCAUCGAUCAAAUUCGCGACCAUCGGUUUUAUCGGCAAAACCAUCUCCAAAACCACCAAGUGUUAAGCCACCACCACCGCCUAAACAAAGUGAAUUGAGCUCAAAAAUUCAACAACAACAACAACCAAAAGAAUCAACAACCAAUUCAAGGCCAGUAAGCGGUGAACAUAAUCGAUCUGCUUUGCAUAAUUUCAUGCAAACACAAUUAUCAACCAUCAAUCAGAAUUCACCAAGUGCAACUGCUGCACCAAAACCGCCUGCACCGCCAAGAAAUACGAGCAAUCCGAAUCUUUCAAAUUCAACAAAUGUUUCAACAACUUCAAAAACGGCAAUAUCAUCGGGAAAUCAUAUCGGCGGCGUAAGUGGUAAUAAAUCAUUACGUCCACCACCUUGUCCACCGCCACCGCCUCCAAAUCGACAAUCAAGUGUUGCAACAAACAAAACUAUGUCGACAACAACAAAUCAACGAUCGACAUCCACUUUACAUCCACAUAACAAACCGGCGCCACCCACGCCAUUGCAAUUAGUAUUGCCUAAUAAUUCAACUUCUAAUGUGGUUGAUAGUGGUGGAUCAAAUCAAAUGGAUAAUUUACCACCUCCACCACCACCAAUUCGUAAUGCAUCAAUGACCAACAGUCGAGCCGAUACGUUUCAGCAACGUUUUUCGGAUAAAUUUCGUGAUUUAUCAUUAUUACCAGCACCAUCACCGUUUCGAAAUACAAUGCCAAAAAUUUAUCCCAGUCAAAUGAACAAUAAGAAUCGUCGUCGUGAACCACCACCACCGCCACCUCCUAAUCAACAACAUUCAACAAAUGGUCCAGUACAACAAUUACCACCACCGCCACCAUUUAUAUCGGCCGGUGGUCCAAUCGAUAAUCGUUUGCAUAUACGAAUCGAUAGACAAACAAAUAACUAUUGAUUGAUGGAUGAUUUUACCAUGUGAUUAUCAAUUAGCCAAUUUUUUUUUUGUUUGUUGUGAUCAAAAUGUUACUUCAAUAU